AUGAGAAGCGACGAUGAAGGGUGUGUGUAUUUGGGGUGGUUGGAAGGGGUGGAGAGUGUUGGGGCGAGGCGGGUGGGGGAGUGGGAGGGAGAGGGGAAGGGGAAGGAACGAGGGGUGGGGGGAGCUGCAGGGGAGAGGGGGAGCUUGGGGAAAUGGGGAGAGUGGAGGGGAGGGGAAGGGGAUGGGGAAGAGGAAGGGGAGGAGUGGAUGGGGUGGAUGAAGGAGGAGUGGGAACACGUGUGGCAUGUGCAUGCACCACGGCUUGCUGUGAUUGGUCCACGUGGCAGUGUGGGGGGGAGUUUAGCAGGGAAGCUGCCCUCUCACGUGGUGGUGGUGGGCGGGGAGGAAGGUGCGGAUGGUGCGGAUGCUGCUGCUGUUGGUGGCGCCACUAUCGCACCAGGCUUGGAUAAAGUGAUUUUGCGGCUGCCCUAUGUCUCCCAUGCUGCUGCUUCUGCUGCUGCUGGCGAUGGUGCUGCUGCUGAUGGUUCUGCUGCUGUUGCUGCUGGUGAAUUAUCCGGCGCUGCUCCUGCGGCUCCACCAGUCUCCCCGUGUCUCUUCCGCGUGGGUGCUGCAUCGGAAUUCGCAGUGGAGAAAGUGUUUCUGGCGGACUGCACACAGCGACUGAGGAUGAGGGAGGGCUAUCUUGAGUUGCUCAUCCUGAGUGUGUUUGGAGGGGGAGGUGGGGAGGAGGAGGGAGGGGUGGAGGAAGUGUGGAGGGGAGGCGGGUGGGGAGGGGAGGGCGGGGAGGAGGGGAGGGUGGGUUUGGAGGAGGUGGAGAGUGAGUAUGGCGAGAAGCAGCUCAUGGAUGAAGAGAUUAUCUACGUGCAAAACCGUCAGAAGGCCCUCAUCACUGCUAAUGGAGAGAAGGAACGGGUGGGGCACCUGCUGCCACUGCCGUCCCUCCUCAUCCACCCGCGCGUCACCGCUGCGACCACCACCAAGCGCGCCCCUCCCCCUCCACGCCAACUUCACUCAGAUCCCGCUGCAAAGAAGAAGCAGAUGAUGGGGGUGAUGAUGCAGCAACGGGGGGGGAGAGGGGGGACCUUUCGGGCAAGUCGGAUGGAGUAUGACUCCAUGUGCGCACCGCAAGCAACCGCAUGUUUCGCUGCCUUUGGAGGGAUGGCAGAGAAGAUGCGUUACAGUGGGGGUGUCGGAUAUUCGGCCUCGUACCAGUCGGGUCCGCCUCCCAAGCACGCCCCGCUGUUUGCCCCGCCGCCCACUCUCAUUGCCAAUCUGAGGCCUUUUGUUGGGUCUGAGAGAGGAAGGGGUGGAGGGGAGGGUGAUGAAGAGGGGAAGGAUUGGUGGGUUGCAGUGCCGAGAUCCUCCCUGCCACGUGGCAGUCUGUCAUUGACUGUUGUGGCUGUGGACUCGGGGGAGGGUGCGUGGGGGUGCCAGGUGGCGCGCUGUGAUUUGCUCGUUCCGGAGGAGGCCUGGGGGGAGGAGGAGGGGAGUGAGGGGGAGAGGGGGAGGGAGGAGAGGGGGAGGGAGUGGGUGGUGCAGGAGGCGUUGAAUCCAGCUAAGCAUUACCAUGAGAGGAGGGCGGUGGAGGUGUGGAGGAGAGGAGAGGUGCAUCGCAUUGCUGACGUGGCAAUGGCACAGGUGGCGAUAUUUGACUCCAUCGAACGAGCCCACGGCCUAUUGGCCAGCUUCAUCACCCCGUCAGAGCGCGACACAUGGCAGCAGCUGGCCUUCCUGCUGCAGUGGCCGGGCAUGGCAGUGGGCGGCAAGGUGGACAAGCUGCAGCGCUUUGGCUCGCACGAGCUGCACCUGUUUCUUUUCUUCCAUGACAAUGCCUUCUUUCUAAAGCAUGUGCGGCCUGCAAUCGCCUCCAAGCUCGACCGCUCCUUCCUCGACCUCUGGCUGCUGGGCGACCUUGACGGGGUGCUUUCCUUCUGCGCGCUGCCAGCCUACCUCAAUCUCAAUGCACUCGAGAGGUGCCUGCUGGGGCUGGCCGUGUGCUUCCACGUGCUGCUGCAGCACAAAGGCCUACGACCUCUCGACUGGCCGUACCAGACGCACAUCAUCCAUCCCAGUGAAGGGGUGGUGCAGAAGCUCUUUGACGACGAUGAGGAAGGGGAGUCAGCUUUUGAGAGCCCUCUGAUGACGUCUCAAAAGCUGGCUACAACACACAUCUUCUUUUUCUCCUCCUUGUUCUGUCUGUUCAUCUCCCUGCAGCCUCAGAUGCGAUAUAUGUCAGCAGCACCAGGAGGGGGAGGGGGAGCAGCAGGGGCGCUGCGCUUCAUCUGCGACGGCUGUGGCGCCGACCCCAUCAGGGGACCCCGUUAUCGCUCCCUUGUUCGGGACGACUACGACCUCUGUGCCUCCUGUUUCGCCACCAUGGGCACACCGGGCGAGUACCAGCGAUUCGACUCCGCCCCUUCCUUUGGAGCGUUAGCGGCUGUAGAAGAGGAGUCUAUGCCUGUACCAGCAGCCCAACAGCGCCCUCACAAGGUGGACGUGACGAAGCGCUACGCGGAGACGCACUAUUACAAGCGUGCACUGAGCGAGCAGACACCGGACCUCAUCCCCUCCUCGCCCUUCUGGGUCGAUUUCAUGCGCCACAUCCUCUCUUCUGCCGAAGCUGCUGCCGGACCUGCUGCCGAACCUGCUGCCGAACCUGUUGCUGAAGCUUCAGCCACAGCAGCCACAAGCAGCUCUCCGCUUGAGUCGCUCUGCUCCUUUGCUCUCUCCCUCCCUCCCUUCGUGCCCGCAUCACUGCACGAUGUAGCUUCCACCUCCACUGCUGCUCUCGCUGCCCUUUCCAUUCUCGGACUCCGCUUCGGCGGCAAGAUAAGGCAAACUGGUGCUAUAAUAGAGGAGGUUAAUAGCGAGGAGACUGGGGGAAGGGCGGGUAUGGGAGGUGGGUCAGAAGGGGAGGAGCAUGGGUUUUCGUUUAGAGGAACGUCGGUUACAAUCACACCAGCUUCGCCCAUGGUGGUGUACAAGCAGGAGUUGUGUGAGGUGGGGAGCGGUGCUGCAGCAACAGAAGAAACAGCAGCAGCAAAAGCUCCUCCUUUCCCACUCCUCCCAUCCCUUGCCCCUGGAAUCCCCUCCAUCCUCCUCUCUCAGUCCAUUCACACUCUCCUCGCCCCUCCCUCCUCCUCCUCCCCUUUCACCCCCCACUCCUCUCUCCUCUCCUCCACCACCCCCUUCCCCCUCUUCCACUCCUCCCUCUCCACCACCCCAUCCAUCCACCCCUCCUCACUCCCCUCCACCCCUCCAUACCGCACCGGCAUCUGCUACCUCCUUCAAAUAGUCGUAGUUAAUCUCCAGUCCGCGCCACUCCCCCCGCUGCUGCUAUUAUUCCAAGUUCCCCAGGGUUCCGUGCCUAUUUCCCCUCUCGGCCGCCCCACCCAGCGCCUGCGCCUGCCACCGCUACAGCCCUUCCAGAAGCGGGUCUUCACUGCCCUCUUCUACUUCCCCUUUCCUGGAAGCUUCUCGCUCUUCCCUGCGCACCUGCUGCCUGAGGCUGGGAAGGGCGGCAUGAACGCUCAGGAGUGCCUGGCAGCCGCGUACUACCUGCUGGUGCAAGACAGGGUCAAAGAGGCCCACCUCAUGUUCCUCCGGGCAGCCUCCGGAAAGAUUUUCACCCUGCCUGACACGUGGCGGGCAGCGCUGUGUGGCGGGAACGGGAGUGGUGCUCCUGCUGUGGCUGGUGCUGAGGCUCCUGCUGAAGCUUCUGCUGAGGGUGCUGAGGGUGGCGAGAGUUCCGCUGCUGGUGGUGCUGGUACCACUUGCAGCAGCACCACCAGCAGCUCUGUCCCCUUUACUGACCUCCCUGUUACAGUAAAUGUGCAGCUGGCAGCAGAUUACAUGGCGGCUUUCCUCGACAUUCUCCUCUGCCCGACCGACCGCCUGCCCAUGGUCGCCCGGGCAGUUGCGAAAAAGUACCGCGCUGUUGACAAGAAUGGCGGCAGCAGCGGAGGAAGCUGCCCGGUGGUUUCCUGGAGGAAGCGCUUUGCUGACCUGGGCAAGCAGGUGUAUGAAAUUUGGAUGGCUGCCCGAGCUGCCCGAGCUGCCGGGGCAGGAGGGGGUAACAUUGCACAAGGUGGUGAGGUGAGGCAUGGAGUGGCUGGGAUGGAAGUGCAGGUGCAGAGUGAGAAGGGAAUGGGAGGAGGAGGAGGUGGAGGAGAGGGGGUUGGUGGGGGUGGUGAUGCAUGGGAGUGGGAGGAGGACGAUGACUGGGUCCUCACAGGCAGUCAGCCCCCAGCAGGGGCAGCAGGAGGAAUUGGAGCAGGGGGAGAAGGAGCAGCGGCAGGAGGAGAAGCAGGAGCAGCAGCAGCAGCGGCGGUUGAAGGCACCACUGCUGCUGACGAGGACAUAGCUGACGUGGCACAGCUGGCGGAGUCAGCAGAAGGGGACAGGAUGGCAGUGGACCCAUUCUCCCUCAAGAGGACCGCCGGACCCAAACCCUCCCAGGAGCCCUUCCUGGACGCCAAGCUGCUGCCCGCCUCUGCUGCUGCUGCCACCGCUGCUGCUGCUGCUGCUGCUGCUGCUUCUGGGACAGCUGGCACCAAACUUGGUACAGUCACGCCGUGUACUGUCACAGCAGCAGCAGCGGUGGUGGGGGUGCGGUAUGCGAAUGUGGAGAGCAUCCGAGUGGACGUGUUUGCGUUCGACGAGGAGACCUUCUUCUCCUCCUCGCCCUUCUCCCUGCUCUCGGGCGCGGCAGCUGCUGCUGGGGAAAGCAGUGUGAAGGACGGCAGCAGUGGCAGGGAUGGGAAGGCAGGAGGAGAGGGUGGUAAUGGGGUGGGUGGGCCCUCCUCCAUCUUUGUGGCUCCCAAUUGGUCCACGGUUAUCAGCACUGGCAAGGCAGUGCUCAUCACUGUCUCCUCGGGUGCUCUCACCACCACACUCCUCAGGCCCGUGCACGAGUCUCUUGUGGUAGAGGUGGUGGAGAGGCUGGGUCAGCUGAGGGUGCUUCGCCGCAUCCCCACACCCACGCCAGCACCUGCCAAUGGCUCUCAGGGAAGCGGAAAAGCGGGUGCAGUGGCGGACAAGUUGCAGUCAGCUCAGGGAACUUUGGUGCCGCUGCCCGGGGCGUAUGUGAAAGUUUUCUUCCGCCCGAAGUCAAGGGGGGUUUCAACCCUGUUCAGCGGCAGUGCAGGGGAAGGGAGGGGUGGGGCAGAGUUUUACAAGGAUGGGUACACUGACAGGCGAGGGUGGUUUGACUAUGCGUUUGUGAGCACCGAGGAUGUGGAGAAGCUGCGAGCGUCGCCAACGUCAGCUGCGACAUCGUCAGCCGAUCUAGCUGCACCGAUGGGGGUUACCGCAGGCGGCGGGGUUACCGCACCUGGCGGAGUUGCUACCACAACUAAUAGAGUUACCACAGCUGCCGAAAAGAAACCGGCUGGCAGUCGAUGUGAUAUGUUCGCGGGCCGCUGGAUGCGAACUCAUUUCCAGCCGCGGCGCUACACGGGACUCAGCUGCAAGAGCAUCGACACGACCUACAACUGCGAGAAGAACGGGCGGAGCAACCUCAAGUACCUCGAUUAUGAGUGGCGCAUCCCCGGCUGUAACAUCAAGCGCUUUGACCCAACAACCUUCCUCGAUGUGAUGCGCAACAAGAUCUUCAUGAUCGUCGGGGACUCGUACGCGCUCAACCUGCACGCGUCCAUCCGAUGCCUCAUUGAAUCCGUGGCACGCACUCAGAACUUCAAUGGGAGUCUCUUCAAGACGGGCGUGCCGGCAAAGGGCUUCAUAGUGCCGUCCCACAACGCCACCAUCAUCCGCAUUGCUUCGGCCUUCCUCCUGUACGGCGAGCCCGAUGGCGAGCGCAGUGUGAAGAGCACAUGGACGGUGUGGCUGGAUAGGCUGAACCCCGAGUGGGCGGAUCUGCUGCCCUUCACAGACUAUGUUGUCAUGAGCACUGGCUACUGGUACACCAGUGCCCGGGAGGAGAAGCGCCACUAUCUCCUGAGCAACAGCCCCAACCAGCUCUCCUGGAACCCCGACCAGCGCACCACCAUGCAAACCGCUCUAACCACCCUCAUCACCCACUUCAACCGCAUUAAAUACCGCGGUCUCCCCAUGUUCCUCUCCUUCACCUCCUCCCACUACGGCUUUGAGCUGGCGGGCACGAAGGCGGUUAAAGGGGCGCAGUAUAACUGCACGGAUGCGUGGCGGCCAAUCAAGUGGCGCCAGGUGUCGCACAGAGAGUGGGCAGUGGAGGAUAUGCGGUCGCGGAAUGCACAAGUGCAGAUUCUGAGCAAAGCAAAGAACUUCAAGAUCCUGGACAUCACAUAUUCCACGCUCUUCCGCCCGGAUGCUCAUCUCAAGAACUUCAAUAAUGGGGAUGGUGGAUUUGACUGCGCCCACUGGUGCAUACCUGGCGUACCUGACAUGUGGUCUGAUCUUGUCUUCAAUUACAUGCUCAAUAACAAGAAAUAA